AUGACGGUCCAGUGGUUGAGCCGCAGAGACCGGGACGAGACCGGGACGAGACCGGGACGAGACCAAGACGAGACCGGGACGAGACCGGGACGAGACCGGGACGAGACCGGGACGAGACCGGGACGAGACCAAGACGAGACCGGGACGAGACCAAGACGAGACCGGGACGAGACCGGGACGAGACCGGGACGAGACCGGGACGGGACCGGGACGAGACCGGGACGAGACCGGGACGAGACCGGGACGAGACCGGGACGAGACCGGGACGAGACCGGGCAGCGGCAGCUUGCAUAA